UCCCUUUGGACGCACCGUUUUGGAUGCUCACAAAUUCACAAAAUUUUCUGUCGCGCAUUGCUAUGCCGCCAACGUUGAGUCUGCGAGCGCUGCACUAUCAUCAGCAGGGAAUUGGAUUGUGUAAUGGUCACUCUCUCCCGCAAAUUCUCCACCACAGCUAUUCCCAAUCCCAGCAAGCUUUUGCAACGACACCCACAAAGUACUACUACUACUCAUAUCUUCAUACCUUUCUCUCAGCUUCAGCAACGAAAGCUUUUCGAGUCACACCUCAUCUCUGUUCUCCAUGGCUGUACCCACCUCACUCAAAUCAAACAAGUCCACGCCCAUAUCCUCCGUAAGGGUGUCGACCAAUGCUGCUACGUUCUCACUAAGCUUAUACGUAUGCUUACUAAACUCGAUGUCCCAGUUCACUCUUACCCUCGUCUUGUAUUUCAUCAGGUUAAGUACCCAAACCCAUUUCUCUGGACUGCACUCAUUCGCGGUUACGCUACUCAAGGACCCUUUUCGGAGUCAGUUGUGUUGUAUAAUCGUAUGAGAAGUGAAGGUACUGGGCCAGUGUCUUUUACAUUUUCAGCGCUUUUUAAAGCUUGUGGUGCUGUUCUGGAUGUGGGUUUGGGGCGUCAGGUUCAUGCCCAGACGAUUUUGAUUGGUGGGUUUGCUUCUGAUUUGUAUGUUGGUAAUACUAUGAUUGAUAUGUAUGUGAAAUGCGGGUUUUUGGAGUGUGCACGCAAGGUGUUUGAUGAAAUGUCUGAGAGGGAUGUGGUUUCUUGGACUGAGUUGAUUGUUGCGUAUGCUAAGAGUGGGGAUAUGGAUUCAGCGAGGGAAUUGUUUAGUGGAUUGCCCGUGAAGGAUAUGGUGGCGUGGACUGCAAUGGUCACAGGGUAUGCUCAGAAUGGUAGGCCGAGGGAGGCUUUGGAUUGCUUUCAGAGAAUGCAGGAUUCGGGUGUGAAGACAGAUGAGGUUACAAUUGUUGGUGUCAUUUCGGCUUGUGCACUACUGGGUGUGGCUAAGUAUGCAAACUGGGUUCGGGAUGUUGCUGCGAGAUAUGGAUUUGGGCCGACUGAGAAUGUUGUAGUGGGAUCUGCGUUGAUAGAUAUGUACUCAAAGUGUGGGAGUGUGGAGGAGGCAUAUAAUAUUUUUGAAGGAAUGAAGGAAAGGAAUGUGUUUUCUUAUAGUUCAAUGAUUGUGGGGUUUGCCAUGCAUGGUCGUGCGCAUGCAGCAAUGCAAUUGUUUCAUGAGAUGUUGAAGACUGAGAUAAGACCCAACAAGGUCACUUUUAUUGGGGUGCUUACAGCAUGCAGCCAUGUGGGUUUGGUGGAACAAGGUCGGCAAUUAUUUGCAACCAUGGAAAAAUGUUUUGGUGUUGCUCCAUCAGCAGAUCACUAUGCUUGCAUGGUUGAUCUCCUUGGUCGUGCUGGACGCUUGGAAGAUGCACUUGAACUUAUUGAAACAAUGCCGAUGGAGCCCCAUGGAGGCGUGUGGGGAGCACUGCUUGGAGCUUGUCGCAUUUAUGGGAAUCCUGACAUUGCUCAGAUUGCUGCUAACCAUCUAUUUGAACUAGAACCCAAUGGUAUUGGAAACUAUAUUUUGCUAUCUAACAUAUAUGCGUCGGCAAGAAGGUGGGAUGAUGUUUCAAGGCUAAGAAUCUUGAUGAGAGAAAAGGGUUUUAAAAAGAAUCCUGGAUGUAGCUGGGUUGAAUCAAAAGAAGGGGUAGUUCAUGAGUUUUUUGCAGGUGAUAUGAACCAUCCACAAUCCAGUGAGAUAAAGCGGGCAUUGGCAGAUCUUCUGGACAGAUUGAAGGCUAAAGGGUACCAGCCAAACCUAGGGUCUGUCACUUAUGAUCUAAGUGAUGAUGAAAAGAAGCGUAUACUAAUGAAUCACAGUGAGAAGCUAGCUUUGGCAUAUGGGCUGCUCAGUUCAGAUGCAGGUUGCACCAUUAAGAUCAUGAAGAACCUGAGAAUAUGUGAAGAUUGCCAUGCAUUCAUGUGUAGUGCAUCCCAAGUCAUGGGGAGGGAGAUUGUUGUCAGGGAUAACAUGAGAUUUCACCACUUUAGUGAUGGGGCAUGCUCUUGUGGUAACUUUUGGUGAUCGAUGCUGGAAUUUAAAUAAUGAAGAGGGUGUGACACAAACUUACUAGAAUCCUUUUUGUGGAAAACUGGCGGUCAUGUGAUUGCUUUGGUCAUUAAUACACAGGCUUCUGAGUUCAAAUGAUAUAUGCAAGACCAUUGCUAGAAGAGUACAUUCUUUAAUUUGCAUUCACCACCUUCUUUUGUGUCUACUACAACCUUUGAGGAGUUUCGACACCUGAAAAAGUAGAGUGAAAACAGUUCAGAUUAUCUAGACAGUUGCACCUUUUGUGAGACAAUGAACUUGCUGUUUUUCCAGGACACAGAUCGCCUAUCAUAAACCUUAUUUUGUCUUACUCCAACCCUUGAGGAAUUUCUACACAUGACAAAGUAGAGUGACAAAAGUUCAGAUCUUCCACACAGUCAUUCCUUUGUAAGACAAUGAAGUCACUAUUUUUUGCAGGACAUCGUUAACUUUCCCCUGGUGAGUCAAUAUAAUGAUAGGCUUGAUUGUUUGGAAAGUUA